GCAUAAAGCACCUCUCAACACCCAUCGACCACCAACACCAAUAUGCACUGAUCUCUCUCUGCCUGCCUAUAUAAACUCCUCCUUCUCUUUGCUUGGCUAAUUAACACAGCCAGGCCCCGCAGCAGCAGCAGCAGCAGAGAGCUCGGAUUUGACACUCGGGUGAAGCAAAAGAGAAAGUGCAGAAGAGAGAUGGCGUCCCCUCGUCGCAUGGCCGCCGCGCCCGCCGCCGCCCUCCUCAUCGUGCUCCUCCUCGUCGCCACAGAGAUGGGGACGACGAAGACGGCGGAGGCCCGGACGUGCCAGUCGCAGAGCCACAAGUUCAAGGGCGCCUGCUUCAGCGACACCAACUGCGACAGCGUGUGCCGCACCGAGAACUUCCCCCGCGGGCAGUGCAACCAGCACCACGUCGAGCGCAAGUGCUACUGCGAGCGGGACUGCUGAGCUUAGGAUGGCCAGAAAUAAAGUACUCCGACUCCAUCGGUGUUGCCUCUUCAUCUUCAUGCAUGCAUCCAUGCAUGCUGUUUAGGUGAAGAUCGGUUUGCGGUUAAUGUGUACUGGUGAUGCAUGUGGCUUCUCCUUGUUGUGAACUUGUGUUGUGUUGGAUUCA